AUGCGCAAAAAGCAAAAGCUCCUACCGGGGCUAUCCGAUCUAACCGUACUCGUCCUGCUCGCUCGGUUCGCACUGGUGCUCGGUCAAACGACCUGCAACAACGGCCAGGGACGUGUACUGUACGAGCGACUCCCGAACCAACAACUGCAGGGCUUCGACGAUGACGUCGUGCGUGAUUCGGCACCCCCGUUUCGGGUGCUGGAAAAGUGUCAGGACCUCUGUUUACGUGACCGAACUGCAUCGAACAAUCUUGGGCGAGCCUGUACCAGCUUCGACUUUCAGCCCGGUAGUCGAAUUGCAUCGUUCAGUGGGAGCGUUGAGUAUGAGGAAUCAACGUGCUACCUAACGCGGGAACAGGCAGCUCCCGAGGGCAUCGGGAAUUUGAUGCUCGUACCGAACAGUGUACAUUUUACCGAAGUGUGCAUCACCUCUAGUCGACCUGAUCGAGAAUGUCCCAGCCGAAGGUACGUGUUCGAGCGUCAUCCAAGAAAGAAACUGAAACUUCCAGUAUCCGACAUCAAGGAAGUGACGGCGGCCAAUCGCUCCGACUGCGAAGAUAAGUGCUUGAACGAAUUCUCAUUCGUGUGUCGAUCGGCUAACUACGAUUCGACAUUGCGCAGCUGCGCCAUGAGUCGAUUCACCCGGCGAACGCAUCCAGAACUCCUAGAGGACGACCCAAACUCCGACUACCUAGAAAACACUUGCCUGAACGCGGAACGACGCUGCGAUGGGCUGAUCGUGUACGUGAAGGAAGAGAACAAGCGUCUCGGUGGUCCGUUUGAGGUGGAAAUUUUCAACAACAUGACGCUGGAAGAAUGCCAAUCGCUUUGUUUGCGCGCGGAGAAGUACUUCUGCCGCUCGAUCGAGUUCGACGAUCAGACCAAGCAAUGUAUUCUAUCGGAGGAAGACUCCGUGUCACAGAAGGACGACCUUAGCAUCAGUUCCAGCCCGACGCAUCACUUCUACGAUCUUGUCUGUCUGGAUAAUCAGCGUGGUACCGAAUAUCCGGACAACUCCGUCACGUCCCAUCUGUUUGCGAGUGGCCGCCGGCCCGAUACCGCCUUCCAGCGCUAUCGCAACUCGCGGCUGGGCGGUGAGUUUCACUCGGAAAUCACUGGCAGGUCGCUUAGCGAGUGUCUUGACGAAUGCCUGCGGCAGACGAGCUUCCAAUGCCGGUCGGCCGUCUAUAGCGAUCGGUUCCGCACCUGUCGUCUCAGCCGCUACAACCAGCGGGACGGUAUGCGCAUCAUCUACGAUGCCGAUUACGAUUACUAUGAGAAUUUGAUGCCGCACCUAGUUGGGGGAGAUACGGACACGACCAAUGGACGACCGGAUCCUACUGAUUGGCGACCACCUUACGGAGGAGAUCGCGAUCGGGAUCGUGUGCCGGAUGAUAGGCUACCUCCAGGACGUUAUCCGCCCGGCGAUCGGUACCCGAUGGGACCGAGACCAGACUAUGGAGGUGAACCUUUCCCCGGUGGCUAUCCACCAACGGAUCGCUACCCUGGGGUUACCGACCGUUAUCCGGCCGGACCCGGUACCGACCGCUAUCCGACCGGAGGCGGUGACUACGAUGGACGCUAUCCGCCCGUGUACGACAAUCGCUUCCCAGGCGAUCGGUACGGUCCAACGGAUCGUUAUCCGGGAGACCGUGACCCCGAUCCUAUGUACUCGGGACCGGGAGGUCCCAUGCGGUAUCCACCGCCACCGCCCGAUUCACGCUAUCCGUCCGAUUCGCGCUAUCCGUCCGAUUCGCGCUAUCCGCCCGAUUCGCGCUAUCCUCCAUCGAUGCCGGAUUCACGCUAUCCGAUGGAUCGGUACCCACCUCCACCGGAUUCACGCUAUCCUUCUGAUUCGCGCUAUCCGCCCGAUGCACGCUACCCACCGACCCAACCGGACUCUGGCCGGUAUCCACCCGGACCAGCGCCGGAUUCGCGCUACCCACCACCUCCCAUGCAUUCACAACGUCCAGACUCGAGGUAUCCAAUGAUGGCACCGCCGGCCACACGCUACCCCCCGCCCCACUACAUGCCCCACAUGUACGGGUCCGGCGUGUAUCCAGUGGUACCGUCACGAGCUCCACCAAACCGUGGUUACCCACCGGACCCUUAUCCGGCACCGGUACGCCCAAUAGACAACAAUCGUUACCCAGGGCCGGAAACGCGCUACCCACUCGAACCGAUCGGUGCCCAGGGUCGUUAUCCUCCAGCUACAUCACCGAAUGUCUCACCGUUCCACAAAUACAUGACCGGACCGGGCCGUCCCGCGGGUUACGAUCCUUACAUGGGAGGUUAUGAACCGCAGCGAGGCUAUGUCGAUGACCGGUACGGUGGAUAUUACCCCACUGGUGGUGGUCGCCUACCACCACCACAAAUGCCGGCAUUCCCAGACCGUGAUCGAGGUUAUAGACGACCAGCAGUCGGCAUGGCACCGGAUGGUGGCGGCUAUCCAUUUGAAAUUCCCUACGGACCGUCCGGUACAGGGUACGAUAAUACACUCGGCGGAGGAGACGGUUUCGGUGGUUACGGACCACAGCGACCGUACGAAACGCGCUGCGACAAUACGGACGUUUUCAAGCAGGUGGCCUCGAAGCGCAAGAUGCGCAAGCAGUACAUCCGGCGCGUGAUUAAUGCGCCUUCGCUCGGCAUCUGUCAGCAGGAGUGUGUUGGCGCGCGGGACUUUAUGUGCCGUAGCUUCAACUAUCGCGACAGUGCACCGUACGAAACGGAGGGCAACUGUGAGCUGAGCGAUCGGGAUUCGCGCGACCUAGAAGUCCCUAGUACGCAGAUGUUCGAGAGUGACAGUUCCGACUACUACGAGCGUACACCGGGACGUGGAGGUCCUCAGGAUGAGUGUCUCGAUGUCGGCCAAGUUUGUAACGAGGAUGGUAUGGAAUUUACGCUCCGCACACCGGAAGGCUUUGUGGGACGUAUUUACGCGUACGGAUUCUACGAUCGGUGCUUCUUCCGCGGAAACGGUGGCACAGUGAACGUACUGAGAAUAAGCGGUCCCCAGGGAUAUCCAGAGUGUGGAACGCAACGGUACGGUGACACGAUGACAAACAUCAUAGUGGUACAGUUCUCAGACAACGUACAAACGGGACGCGAUAAGCGAUUCAAUUUAACGUGCAUGUUCCGAGGGCCUGGAGAAGCUGUCGUCACAUCGGGAUACAUUGGCGCAGGCUUCAAUUCGAUUGACAGAUCCGGCAGCCCGAUCCCGAUUGAGUAUCUGCCAGCGGAGAACUCGAUGAGCAACAAGGUACGUUUGAUGAUACUGUACCAGGGCCGCCCAACGACCACGAUCGCCGUCGGUGAUCCACUGACGUUCCGACUGGAAUCGCAAGAUGGUUACAGUCACGCAACCGACAUCUUUGCGACGAACGUAGUUGCCCGGGAUCCAUACUCUGGACGCAGUGUGCAGCUGAUCGAUAACUAUGGUUGUCCUGUUGACAGCUUGGUGUUCCCAGAACUUGGAAGAUCCCGAGAUAACGAUGCAUUGGAGGCACGGUUUAACGCAUUCAAGAUACCGGAAUCAAACUUCCUCGUGUUUGAGGCCACUGUAAGAACAUGUCGCGGAGGAUGUCAACCGGCAUACUGCCCAGGACCAAGCGGCCGCUCAGAACCUUCGUUCGGACGUCGCAAACGGUCAAUCGAGAAUGCGACGGAAACGAUCGGUACGGCCGAACCCCUAGUAGCCGGAACUGAUGGCCAGGAAGACGAUGUAGUGUCCAUCGUAAACGGUACAGUGGUGAACGAUAACGCAACCAACGCUAAGGAAAGGGACGCCUCCGACACGAUAGCGGCCGAGGCAGAUGUAACGAGCCCGGGUGAAAUGCCGGAACAAGUGCGCGAAAUGAUUGAGUCUCGCUUCUUUCGCCCACUGCAGGUGUUCCAAUCGCGCGAAGAGAUGCAACAGGACACGGUCGCACGCAAAAUGGUGGCACCGAUCGAGUCCGUCUGUUUGACGCACGCCGAGUACUACGGGCUGAUCAGUGCGGUCAUAUUGCUCAUCAUUCUGCUGAUCAGCAUCACCUUUGCGGCGGGAAUCGUGUAUCGAAGCUAUUGGAAGGUGUUUAUCAAGAACCGUACACUCGACCGCAGCUCGCCGGUGAAUUCGUUUAGCCCGUCCGCGCUGCACAACGCGUCCGGCAGUCAGUUUGAGGCAUCUGGGCGGACGCACUCCACGGCGAGUCGGGGUGGACCCCACGUACGUACACCGGGUGUAUCGCUGUUUGGUAGCGGGCUACAGAAAACAUUCGCUACCGGAAACCUGUCACGCAUGUGUCAGAUACCGGUGAUGAACCCACUGUCCCGAAAUGGUGCUACCAAAAGCGAAUUUGAUGACCCCAGCGAACCGAUAUACACUGAUCCGUCGCUUUUCGAACGAUCAAGAUCGCUGCGCAGCAUAGCCGUCGAUCAAACGGAGGAUGCCAACAAUGUCUAA